AUGAUCAGCUCCGUGUGUGUCUCCUCCUACCGUGGACGCAAGUCUGGGAACAAACCACCCUCCAAAACAUGCCUGAAGGAAGAGAUGGGCAAAGGGGAAGAGUCGGACAAGAUCACCAUCAACGUAGGUGGUACCCGGCAUGAGACCUACAAAAGCACCCUACGGACUUUGCCGGGCACCCGCCUGGCCUGGCUCGCCGACCCCGAUGCCCAGAGCAACUUUGACUUUGAUGGUAAAAGCAACGAGUUCUUCUUCGACCGGCACCCCGGGAUCUUCUCCUACGUGCUCAACUACUACCGGACCGGCAAGCUGCACUGCCCCGCGGACAUCUGCGGACCCCUCUUCGAGGAGGAGCUGACCUACUGGGGCAUCGAUGAGACGGACGUGGAGCCCUGUUGUUGGAUGACCUACCGCCAGCAUCGCGAUGCUGAAGAGGCCCUGGACAUCUUUGAGAGUCCCGAGCCCGGCGGAGGGGCCAGUGGAGAGGAACCUGAAGAGGAAGGGGGUAGGGAGAUGGCCCUUCAACGCCUGGGCAUGGAUGACAGGCCGCCGGGGACAGCGGGGGCUGCCGGAGGGGGUGGCUGCUGUCGGAAUUGGCAGCCCAGGAUGUGGGCGCUCUUUGAGGAUCCCUACUCGUCCAAGGCGGCAAGG